AUGCCGGGGCCGGGGCCGCACACGGCGUACGCGCUGGGGGCUGGGGCGGGGAUGAUGAGGCUUUCCCGAGGGCGCUUCAGCCCCCAGCACUGCCUCUUCUACGCCGUCAACGCCUUCCUCGGCCCUGAUCUCGGCUCCUUCGCCGAGUGGCUAGCCGGAAACCUCGGCGGCGGGGGAGGAGGCAUCGGGGACUUGACGAUGUCCUACGUCCACCACCCGUUCUACUACGUGCUUCUUCUCGGUCUGCCCUUGUCUGUCUUCUACUCCUGGCUCUCCGGCGUUCUUCUCAAGAGGGGGCUCCUCGACUCGGUCUCUGGGGUCAGUCUGAAGAAGACCGAGUUCCUCUCUCUCUCCUCGUUCCUGUCGAUCCGAAGAGUCUUUUGGCCGAGUUGAGUGGAGAAUUAUCCUCACCAAAAUGUUGUUUCAUCUCGUGAGGAGACCAGAUAUGGAAGGACCUUUAUACUGUGAGAACUUUCUCACAAUAUAAUCUUGGAACUUCAUGGGUUUUCACAGGAACUCAACUCGGAACCAUCUUUACACCGAGUCGAGGAUCACUCAAUUUUUUAGACCCAGUGGUGGAUCAAUCCAAUCAGAAUGUGAUCUUGGAAUUUCAUGGGUUUUCAGAGGAACUCAGCUCGGAUCCAUCUUUACACCGAGACGAGGAUCACUCCAACUAUAGGCUAACCCUGCAGAUUUCCUGGAUUGUCGGAGGAACCCAAUUCGGAAGGAUGUUUAGACCACGGAGUUGUGGAUUAUAAUAAUAAUGAUGUAAUAUUUUGAUUUAUGACAUUUUUUUUCCUGAAUCGUUACCUGGAUGAUGGGUUUGAUGCAGGUCUCCCUGAGCAGGAGUCAGUGCUUACUUCUGGUGGCGGCUGGUUCCCUGACCCAUUUCUUCUUGGAUCACUUGUUCGAGGUAGCCCCCCCGCCCAGUCUGAAUCUUACUCUUUUUUUUCCCUUACAUCUAAUGCAUUUGAUGAGGCACCAUGUGGAAUAAAUUUAUUGAUAAAUUCAGAAAAAAUCUCUUAAUGGGGCUUGGAAUCAUAAUCAUACUAAUUACAGCUUUCCAAAGUUAAAUUCACUUGUCCCAUGUAAAACUAUAUAAAAAAUUGAAGUAUAAUUAUAAAUAUUGAUGAAUCUGAGUGUUUUGUGGUUUAAAAUCAAGUAUCCCCCUUGUUCAACGAUUGGCUUCUCCUUCACUAAUCUAUAUUGGGUUUCAAGCAGCAGAUAUCAGAUAAUCAUUGAACAUUAUGAAAUUAAAAAUAAAAUCCGUCUUUUUUUAUCAUUUAGUUUAUAAAUUAAGUUAUUUCCCUUAUUUUAAUAAAUAGCCCCGUUUUCUCACUUGCUUAUCACUGAAAAUUUUAGUUGGGAAGCUGUGGAUAUCAGAUAUUGAUGUAAAAAUUUAAAUAAAACCAUUGAAUUUAUUUUUUUCGAAAAAAGCAUCACUUUUCAGUCCUUAUGAUUGAAUUCAUGCUAGAGAUAUCAGACAUCAAUAUAAGAACAAAUAAAAAAGAAGAUAAAGCCUUAUCCAACAAUCUCUCCGAUCUACCUGAUCACUCUAUAUUUAAAAAUAGAUACGAAUUUAUGAGAAGAAAAAAGGAUCAUUUUACUUUAUUUACCAAUGAAGCUUUUUGCCUGACGCAUCAGAGAUCGGAUAUUAUAAUAUUAUUGAUCCAUGAAUGAUGCUACUCUCUGGGAAGGAAAAUGGACACUCUAAUACAUAUACGUGGAUAUUGAGCACGGGAUCGUGGAAAGGCAGAGUACCCAACAACGUUGAAGCCGUUCUUGUGGUUGGACUCCUCUGCACUAGUUUAAUAACAGGUUUCAUCUACAUCAACAGGUGAUGUGACUCCCCGUUGACUUUACUUCUUUUUCCCUGAGAGAAGCUUAGUAAACCGGGCACACUAAUGAGGUACCCAUAUCUUCAAAAUUUGACCGUUGUUCAUCAAAUAGGAUCAGCAGUUGUUUGCUUCAGAAUGUACAAACGAGUGGAUUAAGCUUCCUUAUUGGUUAUUUCUUCCAACUCUAGAGUUGGUGACCAAGUCAGGUUUUUUUUCAUAAGUCAAGGUUUUCUUCAAGGUUUAAACUAGCAAAAAACCCAAUCAAGUUAAAUGCCCUGAGAAGUCUCUCUCCUUGAUGUGUUUCCUUGUAGGGUAAACCCUAAGAGAUCUAGAAUUAUCAACUUCAUGAUCAUUCAGGAGAUUAGGCUCCAGAAAUCUGUCUUAGAAAGGAAGAACCUGAUUGCUGGUUUCUUCAUUCCAACUUUAGAGCUUAUCUACCAAGUCGGGGUUUUUAUUUUCGACGAAAAAAGGGUUUUUUUCAACAUAUAAUCGAGAAAAAACCCAAUAAAGAGCAACGCCCAAGGAAUUCUCACUAUAAAAUUUCUCUCCUUGAUGUGUUUUUCUUGCAGAGUAAAUCCUGGGAAAUCUGUAACUACAAGAGCAAACCAUUCCAUGGGGCUUAUUCUGCUCGUGAUGUCCCUCUACUGUUUGUGGUGUGUUAGUCAGAUAUACUGGCGAAAUCCGCCACAGCCCGCUGUUGGUGAAGAGGCAGAUCUUGGAGUGAUAAUUUUUCUCGCCAUCUACUUCUUUCUCCCCCAUACUCUGUGUGUUCUAUCCAUGAACCAAAAAGAGCACCUCGCGUCGUCCCCUCACCUCCCACUGUGA